CUCUGUGUGUCGUUCUUUAUCACCUAUACCCCCUUCUCUCCUUCGUGUCCUCACCACAGUCCCUCACUUCCCGCCACCACCCAACAGAAACAACAGCAACAACCAUGAACCUCCUCACGACCACCAUCUCCCUCCUCCUAGGCCUCACCCUCGUCGCCGCCAAAACAGACAUUGGUCCCCCCUGCACCUCCUCCACCACCUACGUGGGCGGCAUCUUCACGCGGAUCUUCUACAUCCCCGACACCGGCGAGCUCUGCGAACUCAUCGACUGCGGCGGCGGGCGCGCGCCUCCCAAGACCACCGUCCCGGGCUGUCCACUCUACUCGGGCACAGAGCCCGUGCCCACGCAUUAUCUCCCCGGCUGGGGUCCAGGCGGCCGUCUGAUCGAGACCACGACGACGACGAGUACGUCUGGUGGUGGUGCUGCUGAGGCUACAGACGGCACCAGUGCAAUCACAGCUACUGCGGGUGGUGGUGGUGGAAGCGUGUACGCUUCUGCGUCUACGUCUACUGAUGCUGCUGCUGCUGCUGCUGCUUCUUCGUCGUCGUCGGUUACUACUACCGGUAUUGCUGCUGCUGCGGCAGCGGCUCAGAUUACCGGUUCCACGGCCAGCGACUCCGCACGCGACGCGGCUUCAGCCGUGCUGGCUUCGAGUUCCGGCGCCACGGGUUCGGCGGCUGCUGCCGUGAAUGCUACCACUACUGGGGUGGUGAGGGGGAAUGAGGCGGCGGCUGGGUUCCGUGGGGCGUGA